CCGCCGACUCUCCCGGCCGCGGCGCGGGGGGUGGGGAUCUCCGCGCCGCCGCCUGAGGAAUGUCAACUAUUCAACAUGGAGCCGGCGGUUAACAAUCUCCAGACCCUGUUCCAGAAAGCAGAAGCUGAUUUGGAUUAUAUUCAGAGCAGACUGGAGUUUGAAAUAGCGAAUAGUCAUCCUGAUGAUGCAACAGCAGAGGAGAACCCAGCUGCUCUCCUGAAGGAGAUCUCCUUGGUGAAAUCCCGUUACAAAUCCCUGUGUGACCAGAUGGUACAAAUUUCCCGGGAGCAGAAGGAAUCCAUGGAGAGCAUCCGUGCUGCCCUGCAGGAAACCAUGAAGUUGUCUCGGGCAUUACAGCAACAAAGUGGGCUGGAGAGCUUACCUCUGUCAGCAGAAGAACAGGCUGCAAUCCACCAGUUAAACUUGCAAUUUGGGGAAGAAAUGGAAUUUCCAGUGCAAGAGCCAUCCUGCUCAGGAUCUGCAGUCCCUGGCUCAGCUGAAUUCACACCAUUGACUAAGGAAACAUUUCUGAGAGUGCCCAGGAGCAUCAGGAGAACUGUUAAGUUAGCAGACUUGAACUGUUUGUACAGGGAGUUGUUUAACCAUUUCAUUGUACAGAACAACAGAGCAGCACUGAGUCUUACACAGAUGAAAACGAUAAUUAAGAAAGCCACUAACAUAAAAAUUCAAAUCCUGAAAGAAAUGGGGAUUGUAGAAGUUGACAAACGAGGAAAUAUAAAAUUGGCUGAGUUAAAAGAAAACUAAUCUGACACAGAAGCAUCUUGAUCCAGCUCCUGGAUUACUAAGGAGCAAGAAUUUCUCUGAAACAAGAGUUCCCCUGCAGGAAAAUUAUUAGUAUUUCUGUAUAAAUAUUCUGUUGAUAAUACUUGAAAUUGGAGAGUUCAAAAACACUGAGGUUGGCACUUUACCUUACCUGUUUAAAUGAUUAUGGUUGAUGCAUUUUUAAGGAAUGUUGUGAGCCAUGUGAUGCUUCCAAUUUCCUUGCUGCAUUCCUGAGGGUCUUUUAAAGGCAAAUAAUCCAAGCCUCUUAAUUGUCUUUGCAUUCCUAAAUAAAGAUUUGUUAUACUUCA